AUGUCCCUGAGCAGUGCGGCGGCUAAAGCCAGUCCAGAGAAAGCGCAGAAGUGCAGUCGUAUCGGAGGCUUUACCAACAACAGACCAGCAGUCGUAUCGGAGAUUUACCAACAACAGACCAGCAGUCGUAUCGGAGAUUUACCAACAACAGACCAGCAGUCGUAUCGGAGAUUUACCAACAACAGACCAGCAGUCGUGUCGGAGGCUUUACCAACAACAGACCAGCAGUCGUAUCGGAGGCUUUACCAACAACAGACCAGCAGUCGUAUCGGAGAUUUACCAACAACAGACCAGCAGUCGUAUCGGAGAUUUACCAACAACAGACCAGCAGUCGUAUCGGAGAUUUACCAACAACAGACCAGCAGUCGUAUCGGAGGCUUUACCAACAACAGACCAGCAGUCGUAUCGGAGAUUUACCAACAACAGACCAGCAGUCGUAUCGGAGAUUUACCAACAACAGACCAGCAGUCGUAUCGGAGAUUUACCAACAACAGACCAGCAGUCGUAUCGGAGGCUUUACCAACAACAGACCAGCAGUCGUGUCGGAGGCUUUACCAACAACAGACCAGCAGUCGUAUCGGAGGCUUUACCAACAACAGACCAGCAGUCGUAUCGGAGGCUUUACCAACAACAGACCAGCAGUCGUGUCGGAGGCUUUACCAACAACAGACCAGCAGUCGUAUCGGAGAUUUACCAACAACAGACCAGCAGUCGUAUUGUAGGCUUUACCAACAACAGACCAGCAGUCGUAUCGGAGGCUUUACCAACAACAGACCAGCAGUCGCUUUACCAACAACAGACCAGCAGUCGUAUCGUAGGCUUUACCAACAACAGACCAGCAGUCGUAUCGGAGAUUUACCAACAACAGACCAGCAGUCGUAUCGGAGAUUUACCAACAACAGACCAGCAGUCGUAUCGGAGAUUUACCAACAACAGACCAGCAGUCGUAUCGGAGGCUUUACCAACAACAGACCAGCAGUCGUGUCGGAGGCUUUACCAACAACAGACCAGCAGUCGUAUCGGAGGCUUUACCAACAACAGACCAGCAGUCGUGUUCCAUGCUGGUCUGUUGUUUACCAACAACAGACCAGCAGUCGUAUCGGAGGGCUUUACCAACAACAGACCAGCAGUCGUAUCGGAGGGCUUUACCAACAACAGACCAGCAGUCGUAUCGGAGGCUUUACCAACAACAGACCAGCAGUCGUGUCGGAGGCUUUACCAACAACAGACCAGCAGUCGUGUCGGAGGCUUUACCAACAACAGACCAGCAGUCGUAUCGGAGGCUUUACCAACAACAGACCAGCAGUCGUGUUCCAUGCUGUCUGUUGUUUACCAACAACAGACCAGCAGUCGUAUCGGAGGGCUUUACCAACAACAGACCAGCAGUCGUAUCGGAGGGCUUUACCAACAACAGACCAGCAGUCGUAUCGUAGGCUUUACCAACAACAGACCAGCAGUCGUAUCGGAGGGCUUUACCAACAACAGACCAGCAGUCGUAUCGGAGGCUUUACCAACAACAGACCAGCAGUCGUGUCGGAGGGCUUUACCACAACAACAGACCAGCAGUCGUAUCGUAGGCUUUACCAACAACAGACCAGCAGUCGUAUUGUAGGCUUUACCAACAACAGACCAGCAGUCGUAUCGGAGGCUUUACCAACAACAGACCAGCAGUCGUGUCGGAGGGCUUUACCAACAACAGACCAGCAGUCGUAUCGUAGGCUUUACCAACAACAGACCAGCAGUCGUAUUGUAGGCUUUACCAACAACAGACCAGCAGUCGCUUUACCAACAACAGACCAGCAGUCGUAUCGUAGGCUUUACCAACAACAGACCAGCAGUCGUAUCGGAGGCUUUACCAACAAAAGACCAGCAGUCGUAUCGGAGGCUUUACCAACAACAGACCAGCAGUCGUGUCGGAGGCUUUACCAACAACAGACCAGCAGUCGUAUCGGAGAUUUACCAACAACAGACCAGCAGUCGUAUUGUAGGCUUUACCAACAACAGACCAGCAGUCGUAUCGUAGGCUUUACCAACAACAGACCAGCAGUCGUAUCGGAGGCUUUACCAACAACAGACCAGCAGUCGUAUCGGAGGGCUUUACCAACAACAGACCAGCAGUCGUAUCGUAGGCUUUACCAACAACAGACCAGCAGUCGUAUCGUAGGCUUUACCAACAACAGACCAGCAGUCGUAUCGGAGGCUUUACCAACAACAGACCAGCAGUCGUAUCGGAGGCUUUACCAACAACAGACCAGCAGUCGUAUCGGAGGCUUUACCAACAACAGACCAGCAGUCGUGUCGGAGGCUUUACCAACAACAGACCAGCAGUCGUAUCGGAGGGCUUUACCAACAACAGACCAGCAGUCGUAUCGGAGAUUUACCAACAACAGACCAGCAGUCGUACGAGGGAUUCAGAGGCACGAGCCCAACACCAAACCAACCGAGCGAGCAGGAGUCCGGCCCCCGGGAGCCAAGGCACGGAUCUCAGAGGAUGGAGAGGCCCCCGGGAGCCAAGGCACGGAUCUCAGAGGAUGGAGAGGCCCCCGGAAAAGUCUCAGACGGGUCCAAAUCUGA